CAGACUCAACCGGGGCUGCGAGCAGACCUGGGGAAUGAACCCCCAAACUCGAACUGGCGCCUUCCGCGGCUGCACGGCUGUCUCAAGCUGUCUCUGCCUCUGUGCCUGGCCCUUGCCCUGCCCCGCUCUAGCAACCCCCUUCCCUGUGCCACAUGGGCCCUCUGUCUCCUACCAGGACCAUGCGCCUCUGGGGGCCUCGGAGCCUGGGGGUGGCUCUGGGAGUCUUCAUGACCAUCGGAUUUGCCCUCCAGCUCUGGGGGGGUCCCUUCCAGAGGAGGCUACCUGGGCUGCAGCUCCGACAGUCCUGGGCCUCAACCCCGGGACCAGCUGUUCCAUCCUGCCCGCCACGGCAGCGACUCGUGUUCCUGAAGACGCAUAAAUCCGGGAGCAGCUCUGUGCUCAGUCUACUUCACCGCUACGGGGACCGACACGGGCUGCGCUUCGCCCUCCCCGCCCGCUAUCAGUUCGGCUACCCAAAGCUUUUCCAGGCCUCUCGGGUCAAAGGCUACCGCCCUCAGGGUGGAGGCACCCAGUCCCCCUUCCACAUCCUCUGUCAUCACAUGAGGUUCAACCUGAAAGAGGUGAGGAGUGUUGAGGGGGUGGACAGGACUGGCGAGAGAUGGGCUCAUGCCUGUAGCCAAGACCACCAGGGGAGGAGACCCCAGGCCUGGAGGCUCCCCAGGCAUCCCCUCACCCAAGAGUUGGGCAUGGGGGCCACAAAGGUACUUCAGGUCAUGCCUUCUGACAGCUUCUUCUUUUCCAUUGUCCGAGACCCAGCGGCUCUGGCCCGCUCUGCCUUCUCCUACUAUAAAUCCACAUCAUCGGCUUUCCGCAAAUCACCGUCCUUGGCUGCCUUCCUGGACAAUCCCCGAGCCUUCUACCAGCCCGGGGCCCGUGGGGACCACUAUGCACGCAACUUGUUAUGGUUUGACUUUGGCCUCCCCUUUCCCCCAGAGAUGAGGACCAAGAGAGGGAAUCCUCAUCCCCCCAGAGAUCCCAACCCGCCACAGCUGCCUUCUGGUGUUGGCCUGCGAGCCCACACCUUGGAUCCCAAUGCUCUCUUCCAUCCCAUUCCCACUGUUGCUGAUGGUCACAGCCAGACGUCCAGCUCUGCCUCUUUAGAUUUGAGGUCUUCAUCUUUCAUCCAGUGGAAUCUGGCCUGGCUGGACUCUGUCUUUGACCUGGUCUUGGUGGCCGAGUACUUUGACGAGUCAUUGGUCCUGCUGGCAGAUGCCCUGUGCUGGAGUCUAGAUGAUGUGGUGGGCUUCAUGCACAACGCUCAGGCUGGAGGUGGGCAGGGCGGAAGUGCUGUCGGCGAUGGUGGACUGACUGCUGAGGACAGGCAGCUGUCUGCAAGGGCCCGAGCCUGGAACAACCUGGACUGGGCUCUCUAUGUUCACUUCAACCGCAGCCUGUGGGCCCGGAUAAAGCAAUACGGCCAGAGCCGGCUGGACAGUGCUGUGGCGGAGCUCCGGGCUCGCCGAGAGGCCCUGGCUAAACACUGUCUGGUGGGGGGUGAGGCUUUAGACCCCAAGUACAUCACUGACCGGCGGUUCCGCCCUUUCCAGUUUGGAUCAGGUAAGGUUUUGGGUUACGUGCUUCAGAGUGGCCUGAGCCUCCAAGACCAGGAGGAGUGUGAGCGCCUGGCUACCCCUGAGCUACAGUACAAGGACAAACUAGAUGCCAAGCAGUUCCCCCCAACAGUCUCUGUGCCCCUCAAGACUUCAAGGCUACCCUCCCCCUAGGCAGCAGGCCACUAAGUCUUAGGCUGAAAAGCAGCUGAGCCACAGGGGCACAGUGAUGAAUGUGAGGCAGCCACAUGCCCUUUCUGCUUCCCCCAGAGACCAUGUCUGCUCCCCAAAGGACCAGUGGAACUUAGCACGGAUGUGGGCCCCACAGGCCCCAGCCUGUGCCGAGGAAUCCUAGUCCUAGAAGCAUCCUCCCCCCAUCUUGCCCCUUUCCCUUCCCAGCACCUCGUGCCCCCCCCAGGUCCAAACAGCACUCUCAAAGCCCCCCUGGAGGAGCAAACCAUGGAGUACGGCAGAAAUUGUUUGGGACACAAGGGAUAGGAAUAACGCGUCCAUCUCUCUAUGAAAUAUUUGUUACUGGGCUAUACUCAUUUCACUAUGAAAUGUUUGUUGAAUGAAUAAAUAAUU